GAGAAAUCUGCCCUCCAUGCCCAGAGGCCCUCAGGAGAUCUACGUCCUCCCCAGCGAACAGAUGAGGAAACAGAGACCCAAAGAGAGACGGUAACUUGCCCAGGGUCGCCUUCACCAUGAAGACUCCUCCAGCCGCCCUGUCUCUGCUCCUUGUGUCCAUGGGCCUCCUGACCACAUGCCAGGGCCAGGGCCAUCCCCUGGCCAUACGAGACCUCUUCUCCAAAGAGACGCCGCUGGACAUGGCCCCGGCCUCCUUUGAUGACCAGUACUCCGGCUGCAUGGCGGCAAUGCGGGCGGCGCUCCCCGACCUCAACCGCACCGAGUUCCUGGCCAACAAAGUGUACGCGGACAGCUGGGCGCUGGCCAGCAGCCAGUGGCAGGAGCGCCGGGCCUGGGGACCCGAGUGGGGCCUCAGCACCACGCGGCCGCCCCCACCGCCCCCCGGCUUCCGGGACGAACACGGGGUGGCCCUCCUGGCCUACACUGCCAACAGCCCACUGCACAAGGCGUUCAACACGGCCGUGCGCGAGGCUGGCCGCUCCCGCACCCACUACCUCCACCACUUCCCCUUCAAGACCCUCCACUUCCUGCUGACCGAGGCCCUGCAGCUGCUGGCCAGAGGCCAGCGCACACCGCAGUGCCGCCAGGUGUUCCGGGGGGUCCACGGCCUGCGCUUCCGGCCCGAGGGGCCCGGGGCCACUGUCAGGCUGGGGGGCUUUGCCUCUGCGUCUCUGCAGAACGUGGCCGCCCAGCAGUUUGGGGAGGACACCUUCUUCGGCAUCUGGACCUGCCUCGGGGCGCCUAUCCGGGGCUACUCCUUCUUUCCUGGGGAGGAGGAGGUGCUCAUCCCCCCCUUCGAGACCUUCCAGGUGAUCAACGCCAGCAGGCCAGCCCAGGGCCCUGCCCGCAUCUACCUCCGGGCGCUGGGCCAGCGCAGCACCUACAACUGCGAGUACAUCAGAGACAAGCAGUGCAAGUCCGGGCCCUGCCAUCUGGGUGACUCAGCCACGGGCCAGGGCCCCCUUCCCCUGCUCUGGUCACUCCUGCUGCUGCUCUGGUUCCUGGCAUGGAGGGCGUUUCCAGAUUGCCCAGGCCAGCUCUGACCCCUCAGCUGGAACAGCACCUGCUGUCUUCACUGGGCCCCGGGAGCCAGGAUGCUGGCCAUGUGUGUGCUGAGUGCCAGGUCCAUGCCACUCCAGUCUCCAGGGAUGCUGGGACCCUCAGGCAGUUGCUAGGCCUGCUGGUGGAGAAACAGGAGAUUUGGGAAUGCACUUUGGGGAUGGAGUGUGAUGGGGAGCAGGGUGGAGGGACCCCAAGACUGGCGGCAACUCUGUGGAGAGAAGAUCUGAAUUAAAGUGUGUGUGGUCUUUAGGGGGUAAGGGGGUGGGGGAGGAAAUCACAUGGCCAUGGUGCCCCUCAGAUGCAUCUCACGUGCAGCUGGGGUGCUGCCCUCAUUGCCAGGGACGUUGACCCUCACCUCUCCAAGCCUGCUGGGCUGGGGAUGUCUCUGUGCCUCUCUGGGUCAAAGGCCCAUGUCUGAGCCCCUGGUCAGUGGAUGAGCUGCCUGAAGACGGUGCCUAAGGCACAGAGGCAGGGCCAGGGAAUGUGAAACCCAGAAAAGGA